UAUACUAUUAUAUUAAGUCGUUUUUUUUUAUCUGGAAUACUCAAAAUAAAGUGAUAUGUACAUAUAGACUUAUAAAACAAGAAACAAAGCCUUUGAAAGCAUUGAAGCCAAGGGUUAAGUGCAUUAUUCUAAUAGUAUAUUUCAGUUGAAUUGUUGACAUUGUGAAAAAUAUAUUGAAUUGUUUUUUUAUAAGAUACGCAAAAGUAGAAUGGCAACAUUUUUGAACAAUAAUAAUGAUGCCACUAUUAAUAUUCAAAGUUCUGAAGUAGUUUUAGAGAGUACCAGCACUGCAGCCAGCACUGCUGUAUUAUUGGGUAGUGAAGUCAGUACGAAUAGUCUUGAGUUGGCUCCACAGCAACAGCAGCAGACCAUAGACAUGUCAUCUGAAGUGACUACUGCUGGGAAAAUCGUCUCAGGUAACCUCAAAAUCAACUUGCCCACUCUAUUCUCAAUGCCUGAAGCGGCAAUUCGGUACAUGCGUACGUAUGUCGGCAUUGGUACAGGAACAAUACACGCGGCCUACGUAAGCGUUUGAUCCGAAAUAUACAAAUAUAUAUCUUUUUCAUAUAUGCAUGUGUGCAGUAUUAUUUUGACUGGUUCUUUGCGUCACCAGUAAUGCUUAUAUAUUGCCGAACUGUUACUAUUGCUGCGUGCGUUCGACUGAAUUUCGUUUACUAAAAAAUGUGAUGUUUUAUUUAACAAGUUACAUUAUUUACCUCUUUCCCCUUCUCAUUAUACUUUAUCUUUAACUUACUUGAUAAUAUAGUCUACAUUUUUUAUUCUUUCUCGAUUUG